AAUCUGUGGCAGCAUUGCUGUGUGUUUGAUUUGUUUGAUCCUGGUGUAGAAAAAAAUGUCUUAAUAUUUACGAAUGAAGUUCGAUAAACUUUAAAUAUUAAAAAGUAGUCUUGUCGAUAAUAUCAUAGUUAAUAUUUUUUUUGUUUAGAUAAAAUAAAGUGCAUUUGCUAAUGUGAUUAUAUUGAAAUGUCAUCGUAUAUGGCAGGUGUUUUCGAUUUAGAUUUAGAUGUGGAUACAGUUACAGUUGGAGAUUCUGAUGAAGACGACAUCAUAGAAAUAGACGAUGUUGAUUAUGAUCCUGAACUUCAUGUGCAUAAUAUUGUAGAGUCUGAAGGUUCUGAGACCAUACAGCUAUCUGAGGAUAAUGUUAAUCCAGGUCAGUGCAAAAGACUUGGCCCCCAAGAUUUUGAACUGAGAAAAGUUUUAGGUAAAGGUGGAUAUGGAAAAGUGUUCCAAGUUCGUAAGAUUACUGGUCAAGAUGCGGGUGCGCAUUUUGCAAUGAAGGUUCUAAAAAAAGCUUCCAUUGUUCGCAAUCAAAAAGAUACUGCUCAUACGAAAGCUGAAAGAAAUAUUUUGGAAGCAGUUAAGCAUCCAUUCAUAGUUGAAUUAGUAUAUGCUUUUCAAACUGGUGGUAAAUUAUAUUUAAUUUUAGAAUAUUUAAGUGGUGGCGAGUUAUUUAUGCACCUUGAAAGAGAAGGUAUUUUUCUUGAGGACACAGCAUGCUUCUACUUGUCAGAAAUAAUUUUGGCAUUGGAGCAUUUACAUAGUUUAGGCAUAAUUUAUCGAGAUCUUAAACCUGAAAAUGUCUUACUAGAUGCACAAGGACAUGUUAAAUUAACAGACUUUGGGCUAUGUAAGGAACACAUUCAGGAAGGUAUUGUCACACACACAUUUUGUGGAACCAUUGAGUAUAUGGCUCCAGAAAUUUUGACCCGAAGUGGUCAUGGUAAAGCAGUAGAUUGGUGGAGCCUGGGAGCAUUGAUGUACGACAUGUUGAUUGGCCAGCCACCAUUUACUGGAGAUAAUCGUACAAAAACAAUUGAGAAAAUACUAAAAGGUAAACUAAUGUUGCCGGCCUACCUUACUCACGAUGCUCGAGAACUGAUACGACGUCUGAUGAAGCGUUCCGAAACUCAACGUCUGGGUGCCGCAGGCGCUGCGGCGGUCCGCGGACAUUCCUUCUUUAAGCAUGUCCAUUGGGACGAUGUCUUCGCACGUCGAUUGGAACCUCCUAUUAAACCACGAUUGACAAGCGACGAUGAUGUAUCCCAAUUUGACACAAGAUUUACUCUACAAACACCAAUUGAUUCACCAGACGAAUCAACACUUAGUGAAAGUGCCAACUUAAUGUUCCAGGGCUUCACGUACGUUGCGCCUUCAGUAAUGGACGAAAUCCACAAGCCGCGCGUGAUCACGGCCCGCUCUCCGCGACGUCCUCGCCCGCACCACCACAGCGCGUUCGCGCUGCCCUCCGCCGGGCACGCGCACGCGCACCCUCAACAGGAAGACCUCAUGGAUGUACAAGGUUUACCUAUAUAGCCUAGAAUAAUUGAUAUAGUUGACCAUUUUAUACAAAGGAUAAACUCAACUACAAAUGCUGCCCAUCUAUUAUGUCCGUAAAAUAAUGGUACUGUUUUAUACAACUAUUAUUAUAAUGUACAUUUUAUACAAGUUACCGUUUAGUUUAAUGUUUUGGUAGGAAUUAAAACGUGUAUUAAAUUGUUCUAACCCAACUAUAUGACAGAGUAAGAAUAAUAAUAAUAAUAAUUUACAAUAUACCUUGUUACCAUGCUUCAUGAAUUGAAUUAAAAGGUCAUUUUUAUUUUGUA